CUAACAAUUGCUACAUAUUGUGAGAGUAAAUCUGUUUCUCUUGAUAAUCCAAAACCUGCUGAAAAUACUGCAACAACAAGUAAUAUUAACUUCGUAGAAGCAAUUAAGCAAGACCUUAAACGUAACAACGAUGAUUAUAAGGAAAUGAUCCAACGAAAUGUGAUGUUGAAUAAUAAGAAAUCAAACGUUAUUACAGGCAAAGAGAAAGAGUCCAUAAAUAAAUCCGUAACGGUAACAACGCAUAAGAAAAGCUAUAGAAGGAGAAAUGGCGGAUCAUACCGAGACUAUGAUUACGAGGAUACAAUUAAACCUGUUACUGAAUCUGCAAUAAUAUUUAAAAGCACUGAUAAAAGUUUAUCUCUCUUCACAAUACGUAUUCCGCAAAUAAACAUUAAAAUAAAUCACUCGAGUUUUGACAAGCGGCACAAUUUAAAAUUAUCAAAACCGAGCCAUACGCCGAAUAUACAACUACCGAUAAAAAACUUCUCUUGGUACACUUCUUCCAUAAAAAAUUUAAAUAUUCAACCACCUACUGAAGUUCCGAAGUUUGUUAAUAAGAAUAAAAUUGAUAAAUUUCAAAAUUUUAUGAAAAAAAACCAAGGCCUGUUAAAAAAAUUCGUAAGCAGUAAGCAAACAGCGCUGACGCAGUCACCAUUCAAGAAGGGAUCGAUACGCAUGGAUAAUCUUAAAUUACCAAAAUCGAAGUUUUCACCUAAAGUAGUAAAAAAUAUUAAUAGAUUCGGAGACAAAAACGAUGGCGACUUGCCCAGCCCUGAAUUGCUAGAUAUGGCGCCAGCUAUAGGUGUCCGCGUACAUAAGAGACGGGAAAAGGGUCAACUAUGUCAUCGGCACGUACUGCUACCCGAGGGACCCAAGUACGAUAGUAGAGGGCGCUGGUACUUGCCGGCACACGAGUUGAUCGCCAAGCGUCCCUAUCCCGCCACUCGAAGACCCGUGAUUCUGCUUCCGCGGUGUUGCAACUGCUGCAAGAAAUCUGUGCUAGGAUGCGAAUAAAAUCUCAAGCUAUCGAUUACAACAAUA